AUGAACACUCCUUCGACCUCUAGAUCAGCGCAGACGUCUCCUUUCCCAUCCACUCCGACUUGGGAGACGACAAACCACCACAAAAAGAGGUACCGAUCGCCUUCGCCUUCCAUCCCCUCGGAGUAUCCAAAAAAGCGAGACAUGGCCGGCAUUAAUUACGAAUGCCUCACGCGCGGUGAGCGUGUGGAGAAGCGGAUGAUGCUACAGCUUCUUCAAUCUGCUGCGGCGUUGCACCCCCUCUCUUUCCGUGUUGUGGACCCAGCGCUGUGGACAGCUAAUGCACAGCUUCCAGAAAGUGUUGUUCUUGUCGUCGCGUCUACAGGUGAAGGUGUAAACAAGCAAGUAGAUCUCUACGAUCCACUUCCAGAAGAAGAAGCCGACCAUGACCAAGAGAUUGCCAAACAUCUGAAGACUCUGGCGCCGCUUCUCGGGUUAGGUUUCAGCAUCAAUCGACAGCCAAUUAUACCUCUGCAGAGUGCCAAUGAUUGUGGUAUUGCCGUCAUAUCCACCGUUCUCCAUCUCGUGGCUGGAGAAUCGCUUCCCAAGUCCACAAACUACGGAAUGUGGCGCCGUGUUCUCAUGACCAUGGCGACUGGUCAGGCAAAGGACCUCGUUGGCUCCAGCGCGUCCGGAAGUGCCAUCGAUGUGCUUCCAGUGCCUCCACCCCUACCUGAGACCAUCGACAGGGUAGCUUGGAAGGCUUGGAAAAAGCAGCAGGCGGCUAUCCAGCGCCAGAUACAAAUGGCCUUGGACCAACAAAUGGAGCAGCAGAGGAAAGUUCUGGAACAGAGCAUUGUAGAGCUCACGAGUGUUUGCAGUCUUCUCAAUGCCCUCGCAGCGCGACCAAAUGUUCCCAGGGCUCAGCGGCAAGACGUGGUGGUCUGGUCGAACCCCUCGGUUGGCGUGCAUCAAGUCCAUGAGCUAGAUCGCGAGCUGGUUCAGAGCCAGAACACAUUGCAAUCGUUCCUCCAAUGCGGGCGUGCUGACAAACGCUCCAUCGAAGAGCUUAAGCAGUGGAUCAACUCACUUCCAAACUUACAGGCGCAACGUCAAAAGACCCUUCAGAGAAUCAUCCUAGCGUUGGAGAGUGUUGAGAAGGAAGUGGAUGCCCUAAAGCAACAACUUGAACAGGCGAGAGACUGGGAGAACGAGAGUACUGGGGAGGAGACGUAG